CCGAAGGAUCCAAUGAAAAAUGGCCCUCGAUCCCUAGCUACGGAGUAUUUUUUUAUUUAUAGGAGUAUGAGACGAGAAUAUAUAUAAUAAAUAGAAGCAAGCUUGGCCCAGCGUUACCGGCUAAAUAAGGAUCGGAGAAGAGAAAAAAGAAAAAAAGAGUCGAGUCCGUAUUAGAAGCAAGGUAAUUAAGGCAGGUAUGGCGUCGGAGACAGUGAAGCUGGUGGGCGCAUGGCCGAGCCCAUACGUGAUCCGGGCUCGGGUCGCCCUCAACCUGAAAUCCAUAGACUACGAUUUCCUGGAGGAGAAAUUCGGGACGAAAAGCGAGCUUCUGCUGAAACACAAUCCGGUGUACAAGAAGAUCCCGGUUCUGGUUCACCACGACAAGCCGGUGUGCGAGUCGCUCAUCAUCGUGCAGUAUAUUGAUGAGGCCUGGACUUCCGGUCCAAACAUCUUGCCCGCCCAUCCCUAUGACCGGGCCAUCGCCCGCUUCUGGGCCACUUUCAUUGACGAUAAGUGGUUCCCAAGUCUGCGCGGAAUAGCAAUGGCGGGAGAAGAGGAGGGGAAAAAGGAAGCGGCGAUAAAGGAGGUGGAGGAAGGGUUGGGCCUGUUGGAAGGCGCAUUCCAGAGCUGCAGCAAGGGGAAGAAGUUCUUCGGGGGAGAGAGGGUGGGGUUCCUGGACAUCGCGCUGGGAAGCAGCAUCGGGUGGGUCAGGGUCACAGAGAAGUUCAACUCCAUCAAUCUGUAUGACCAAGCCAAAGUUCCUGGUCUGGCCCAAUGGGCCCAGGACUUCUGCGCCCACGACGCCGUCAAGGACGUCAUGCCUCCCACUGACAAACUGGCCGACUUUGCUAAGCUCAUCUUCUCCAAGAUGAAGAAUUAAUUAAUUAAUUAAUUAAUUAAUAUCCUGGCCGGCCGGCUGGCCGGCCGGCAUGCAUGACUUUAAUUUGUUGCAUGCUCUCUUUCACUUUCUUCCUCUCCAUGUUUGUAAUAAUACCCAGAAAACAUAUGCACUUAAAUGCUCCCAAUAAAUUUCAUGUCUUAUCUUCUAACACACUACUGCAUAUAUGUGUGAUCUCCUCUUCCCGCCCACGUCCUAGCGUGUAAGCGAAAAUUGCUUCCAACCGACCAGAAAAAUCGAAACCGAAACAAAAUUGGAAUGUUAUUUUGUACGGUUUCCGCUCAUGUUUCGACUAAAAACCAAAUUAUUUUGGUUUGAAUUGGUUUUUGUUAUUCCCUCCGUAUCAGAGUAACUAUCACAGUUUCCUUUUUGGCCUUAUCAAAAUAAGGGGUGUUUGGAUCUAAUUCUUAAAAUUGCUUGAAGCACAAGUUUGGAUGUUUGGGUGAAAGUACAAAAGUAUUUCCGGUGCUCAAAUUUAUUCCUAAAAGUAGUUUUUUUAGAAGCUGGGGGAGACCAGCAUCUGAAAAUUGAUUCUCAUUCUACUUCUGCUAUAAAAAAGAAACAUAAGCAAAACCAGUUCCAAACGCCCCCUAGGUGUCUCAAUUCUGUUUUAGGAAAUACAUUCAGUCCAAAAGCAGCUAUAGUACACUUUAAUACAUUCUCCUACUUUUUCAAAAAAUGUACAGUAAACCUAUAAAUUAUCUUAAACUACGUGAAAAG